UCAACACCUACUGUUGUGUUCUUCUGCUUUUCAAACCAGGAAGAUGGAUUUGAUGUCGAACAAAUGGAUCGUUAAUUUGCUUGUUUGUUGGUUUUUCAUCGGUGUCGGCUGUAAUUCAGUGGAAAAGAAAAUCUAUGUGCAUCUCAAUAACACUGUCCCGUGUGUGCGACUGCUCAAUGCAACUCAUCAAAUAGGCUGCCAGUCCCAUUUGUCAGGUAAUGUGGGCGUGCUCCAUGUGCUCGAGUCAGAGGAAAACUUGGACUGGGUCCUGCGCACUGGGCCCAAUCCACCUUAUCUGGUUAUCCUGGAGUCGCAGCUCUUCAACAGAUCCAUCAUGAUGAAGUUGAAAAACAGCUCCGGCAGGGUGGCUGGCGUCGCUGUUGUGGCGCCAAACACCAACCCGCUUGAGGGCUUCUCUCCACACACCACCUGCCCCAACGAGAACACAGGCGUGUAUACAGAGAGCUACGAUCCAGCCAUGGCACACUGUAACAUGACUAUGUGGAACCCUUUGGGAAACGGUCUGUCCUAUGAGGAGUACGACUUUCCCAUCUUCUCUCUGAAAGAAGACAAUGACACUCAGGUCAUACGACAGUGUUACAUGGACCACAAUCGCCCUGUGAACGGCAGCAGUCCUCAGUACCCGCUGUGUGCCAUGCAGCUCUACUCCCACAUGUCUGCUGUCACUGACACAGCCACCUGCAUGAGGAGAAAUGACAUCAAUUUUAGCAUCAGCCCAGAGAUUGUUUGUGACCCACUGGGUGACUAUAAUGUGUGGGCCUCCACCAAACCUGUCAACAACACAGCCAAGGGCCACAAGAUGUGGGAGAGUGUGGUCAUAGCAGCAGCUAGGCUGGAAAGCAGGUCCUUUUUCUUUGAAGUUGCUCCAGGAGUAGAGAGUGGAGUCUCAGGGUUUGUCACUCUGCUGGCAGCCGCUCACGCUCUGCGAAAUGCCACCCAGGAGGCCCCACCUAACCGCACCAUCUUCUAUACCUUCUUUCAAGGGGAGACCUUCGACUACAUUGGCAGCUCGAGGAUGGUGUAUGAUAUGGAGAACAAAAACUUUGCUGUGGACCUGGAUAAUGUUCACUCAGUGCUGGAGAUAGGACAGGUGGGACUUCGUGCUGACUCCAGGCUGUGGCUUCACUCUGAUCCCGUGUCAAGGAAGAACAGCAGUGUCAAUGACGAGGUGAGGACGCUCAUAGAGAACUUGCACUUGGCUGCCACAGGUUUAAACGUCUCACUGAACGAGCCCGGUUUCUCUCAGCCGCUCCCACCCUCAUCCUUCCAGCGUUUCCUACGAGCUCGGCCAAUCCCUGGGAUUGUUAUCGAGGAUCACCAGUCUGCUUUCACCAACAGGUUCUAUGAGAGUAUGUACGAUAAUGCAGAGUACCUAAACGUAUCUUACCCUUCAAAUCUGUCACCGGAAGAGCAACUGGAGUUUCUCACUGACACUGCUAAGGCUCUGACUGAAGUGGCCACCUUGGUGGCCCGGGCUUUGUACAGACAAGCAGGAGGAGCUGCAGCCCAGCUGAACAGCAUCAACGCAGACCCUCAAAUAGUGACCCGGAUGCUGUACGGUUUCCUCGUUCGCUCAAAUAACUCCUGGUUCCAGCAACUAGUCCCCUCUGACCUCAUGAGCCAUCUGACUGACAAGCCCACAAACUUUUACGUCGGCGUGACCCAGCAAUCAAGCGUACCAACCCUUCUGGUCCAGCACCUGCUGGCCAACCUGACUGGCACCACCGUCAACGUCACCAAAGAAGACUGCCAGAACCAGAGAGAGGAUGAGAACGACAAAGAGAGCAAACAUAUGUACGUCUACACGUGGGUUCAAGGUGCUGCGCCUCCCAACAGCACAAAGAGGGAGGCUUUCUGCGUGCGCUCCACAGUUCGUCUCACCAAAGCGCUGUCCCCAGCUUUUGAGCUGCGGGAGUUCACCUCCAAAGAUUAUUCAACGUGGACAGAAUCCCGAUGGAAGUCCAUCAAAGGACGCAUAUUCCUGGUGGCGAGUCACGAACUCGAGAUGUUGACGCUGGGCGUGGGCGUUGGCGUGCUGCUAACAUCCUUGCUGGUGACGUACAUCAUGAGCUCAAAGGCUGACAUACUCUUCAGCUCAGGGCGGGAACCCGCCAACGCCACCUACUGAUCCAGACUGCGGCAACACUGGUCCUCGACCACCACCACCACCACCACCACUACUUCUACUACUACUACUACAACUACUACUUCUAUCCCAACCAGACAUGGACAGGGUCUUUUCUUUAAAACACACCACAAGUAGGUACACAGACAGGUUAGACACAGCAGCAGAGGGGGGAGGGGGGGGUAUUUUAAGACUUCGACGACGACUCCAUGUUUAUGGACUCCCUCAGGUGAGGCGUGACAUGAGGACUGGACCGGACUGGAUUGGCCUGGAUGGAUCUGGACUCAUCAGGGUCAGAAAACACUGGUCAGGCACCAGCAGGCCCUGUCAGUGGAAAAAGAUGUUUAUAUUUCUUUUAUUUUAGUUUUUUUUUCCUUUUUAUUGUCAAAGAAUGUUUUGUUUACUGUGUCAUGGGAUAGGCACUAAACAUUGAGCAUUAUUUUGACCGUGUGUAUGUGUGUGUGUGUGUGUGUGUGUGUGUGAUUGUGAAUAUGUAAAUGUGACUGAGUGUGUGGGCAAUUGACUGUGGGAUUCAGUGUGUAUGGACAAUUUUGAGUGAGUGUGUGUCUGAACUUUGUAUGAGGAUUGCGAUGGUAUGUGCAAUACUGUAGCUGUCUUCUCUGUCAAUGUAGUUAACUUAAAAAUCAGUUCUAAUAAGAAGAAACCACUUUUUGAGUCAAUGAACAAAUAGUUAAAUUUAAGGUUUUGCAGAAUCUGGAAAUGUGUGGUGAAGUAUUUUGAUAAGUUUUAGGUCCUGGGAUGUUGACAACAAUCCUAAAUAUUUAUAUUGUUCAGUCCCAGUACACAUAUAACUACAAGUGUAUGUAGUUGUAGACCCACUGCAAUUUCACAUAUUGUGAUAUUUGUGUGGAGGAAGAGGAAUUUCCCAAGGAGUCUGGCGUAGCUGACAAACUCUUUAUUUCAUAUCGAUCAGCUGCCAAAAAUUAAAAAAAAAAUCCAGUCAGAAAAUCUUGUGUUUUGACACUAAAAAUGCGCUGGUACUCUGGCUGUGCACUCUUUUUGGUUCGUACCUUUUUCACAAGGUUUCUUUCAGUGAUAACUUCUGAAAAAUUGUGACAACACGCGAGAAGGUUUUAAUUUUGUUGUAAUGUAAUGGCUGGAAUCAAUGACCAAUUGUGAUGCCUUGAUGAAGAAAUAAACAUUGCUUCUUUUCCAGUU